GUGAUUACGAUAAAAAUAUUUUCAAUGACAAUAGAACAUGUGUUUAUGAACAUUUUAACCUUUUUUGUUGUUGUUGCGUAAAUCAUUUACAGAGAAAUGGCUUCUCCGAACCAUAGUCCGGGUGUAGAAGGGGCCGUCAGGGUAACGACUUCACCAGCUGGUAAAACACAGACGUUGGUGUUGGCUUCUAGCCUGGCCGGGCUCCGCGGUAAGAAGAGACCUGCUAACACCGCCACCUCUCCUGCUGUACUGGCCAGUGGGAACAACAGCAAGAAGAAGAAAUUUCAGCCCAUCGCAAACCCGACACAAGCACAGGUGACUGCAGUGGAGGCGGUGUCUGAGGGGAAGGCAGUGGGCGUGUCUGACGCUGUAGGUCCAGCCACAACGGAACCAGCAGCCAAACCCCUGCCCUUCAAAGACCUGAUAUUUGUGCAUUCAGGGAUAGGGGGAGCUGCAGCAGGAAAAAAGAACCGGACCUGGAAAAACCUGAAACAGAUUCUGGCAGUGGAACGGACUCUACCCUGGAAGAUCAAUGACCCCAAUUACUACAGCAUUGAUGCCCCUCCCUCCCUGAAGCCAGCCAAGAAAUACUCAGACAUCUCUGGACUCCCUGCGAACUACACUGACCCCCAGACCAAGCUGAGGUUCACGUCAUCUGAGGAGUUCUCCUUCCUGCGCCUGCUCCCCACUGACGCCGUCACCGGUUACCUGGCGCUCCGCAAGGCCACCUGCAUUGUACCCUGACCGCAAGGCCUGCUGGGAGAUCGGAGUUCAGCCAGUGUCUGUCCUGGCCUGGGAGGGACAUUGACCAUUAUGGGGAACAAUGUCUAGGAGGUGUCAGACUCUCAGGGAGAGGGACCAACAGGGUCUGUUACAGAGAGAGGGAACCAAUGGAUACCUUGGGCCCCCUUUCGACAACAAGGGAAGUGCCUCUAGUGUCGAGAGACUAUCACUCACAAUCUGGCUGACGCCUUGAUGGGGAUGUCUACACAGACCUUUUGACCUGGCUACUGUCUACACAGACCUUUUGAGCUGGCUACUGUCUACACAGAUCUGAGUUGGCUACUGUCUACACAGAUCUGAGUUGGCUGUCUACAGGAAAAACAAUUGAGUGAAAAACUUGACCUUCCUAUGAUUGCUCCUUGAUCUGUCUGAAAUCAUAUUUCUGUUUGUCAUGUUGCUGUAUGAUGAUAAUGUUGCUACUUGUUUUAUCUGCCCUCUGUAAGAUAACACUGCAACAUAUUGUUACCUGUUUUAAAUUUAUUUAAAAAACAAAAUACUUAUCAUCCUUACUGAACAAACUAGUUGUGGCACAUUCUGUAAUCACUAUGUACUACGACCUGCUGUAAGGAGAUUUGACAGCUUUAAAAGAUGACUUUCUCUUUAGGACGCUGUUCUUCUUUGUCUUUGGAGCAAGACAGGGAGAUGAGGUAGAGAAGAGACUUCCUAAUGUGUUUUCUGGGGCUGGGUUAGUUUGAGUUGCUGGCUAACUAGAGAGCAACAGUACAAUGGCUGCUGCUGUGUGACAACAGGUGCUACUGGCCUCAGGGUCACAAAUCAGCUGGGCCAAAAUAUGUCAGGCCCCAGUGAGAAUUGAACUCGCGACCCCUGGUUUACAAGACCAGUGCUCUAACCACUGAGCUAUGGAGCCUUACUUGUAUAGCAACUCAGAGACUAUGCUAUUUAAUUACCACACCCCUACUGGCUACAAUGCAGAUGCCACACCUCAGUAAUAUGUCAGACUCCUUAUAUAAACACAAGUAACGAUAGCUGCCGGUAUGAUCCCACAAAGCCUUCAGAACCGCCAUUGUAAAUGAUAUCAAGUGAGUACCACAUUGAGAUGUACUAAGACCCAAGACAAGGUUUAGGCUUAUCAAUGACAGUUGGGUAGAAAGAUUACACCGAGCUACCCAGAGAGACACAAGAUUAUGCUUGUACUGGAUCUCUGCUUGUGAUUCUGUGUAGAUCUGUUAUCGUUCAUUCUAGUUUGAACUGUGUUGGAUCAUUCACAGACAGCUUUGAGGAUGAAAUUCUUGACUGGGCCAGCAAAAAACAAGAUUUCAAAGGGUGUAUCAAAAAGCCAAUAGCAGAAGACUGGAUUUAUCCUGCCUUCUAAAUAGAGAAAUACAGUAGGUGAUGUGACAGUGCCUCCUGGUGGUAUAAAGUGUUUAAAACAGGAUUAUAAACUGUGGUUCAAGUCCUGAAUGCUGAUUGGCUGACAGCUGUGGUAUAUCAGACCAUAUAC